UUGAACUUUGACCUUUCAGGUCAGAAUGACUCAAUACGUCCAACUUCGUUCCAGAAUAAAAACUGUUCUGUAAGAUUUCAUUCUUUGUUAAACACGGCGUCAGAUCAGUGCUGAGUUACAGUUUCUGAUUCAUGAGGAAAGAGAAAAGUGUCGUCCAGUGAGACUUUAUUUCCAGGAAAUUCAACAGUACUGGUUUUUAUGGUCCCGCGCCGAAGAGCAGAACAGGAAGAUCCAGAAAACCCCAGAAUCCGGACAACGGCUGCAGGAUGAGCGCCUUUCAGACUCCAUCACAGCUGGAAUCUCACCUGGACUCUCACCUGGAGUCCCUGGAGUGCCACUUCACGUGGGAUCUGGACCUCAGCAGGUCCAAGCUGCUGUGUCUCCGCGACGCACUGGAGGACAUCGGUCCAGAGUCGGGCUACUGCUGGCAGGGCCACAUCUACAACCUGCAGGGCUUCGUCCACCACCAGCUGGGCCUCCUGGAAGACGCGCGGCGUUUCCUCUGCAGAGCGGCCGAGGCUUUCCGCCAGCUGAGGAACACCGUCUCAGACGAAGGCCCCUGGUUGGUGGUGAACUACGGGAACAUGGCCUGGCUGCACCACCGGCUCGGGGAGUGGGCGCGUAGCGCAGAGUAUUUAUGGAAGGUUGGCGCUCUGAUGACAGAGUACCCGUCUCCGUCUGCGGACGACCCGCACCCCGAGAUCUGCGCCGAGAAAGCCUGGACUCUGAUGAAGUUCAGUCAGAAGCUGCUGGCUGUAGACUAUUUCCAGAAAGCCAUCAGGAUGCAACCAGACAUGGUGGAGUGGCACACCAGCCGGGUGCUAGCGUUGGUCAAAGCCUCUAAAAAACAAAACCUGGACCCUGACAUCCUGGAGAAGGUGAAGAUCGCCAAACAGCACGACCCGGAGAACUUGUACCUUGUUGCUCUCUACCUGGAAGCCCAAGCUCAGAAAGGAGCCAGGAUUCACAAUGAAGCACAAAAACUGGCGAGGCGAGUGCUAGCAAAGCCGGUUAGCAGCUACAGCGGCGUGAAACCGUUGCUCAGGCUCUACAGGAUCCACGUCUCCAUGGACGAAGCUGUUGAUUUAGCAGAGGAGGCUCUGGAGAGACACCCCAACGCGCGAUACAUCAAGAAAUGCGCCGCAAUCUGCUACAAAAGGAAAGUCAUUUCCCAAAGCAACAAUCACCUGGAUCACAGCCUGGUGGACAGAGCAAUCAGUCUUCACAAACAAACCAUCGCCCUCUACCCUCACUCCUCCCUUAAGAUGCAGAUAUCUCUGGCAAACAUGUAUGUGAAAUCAAACCAGCGAGUUGAAGCCGAAGAUACGUUUGAGGAGCUGCUGAGAAGAGACUUGGAUCCCGAAGAGGAGCAGAUGGUUUGCAGCUUCUAUGCUAAAUAUCUGCAGUUCAGCCAGAAGGAGAGGAAGAAGUCUGUCCAGUUCUUCAUGAGGGCAGCAGCGAUUCCUCACCACGGCUUCUACCGGGACGACAGCAUCAGGCGUCUGGAGAGGAUGAGCGAAGAGAAACGGCAGCCGAUGAGCGGAGACAUAGAAGACUUCCUGGUUCAUUUGUCCAUCUGAAAGCCCAGUAGUGAGAGAUUCUGCUACUGUAUAGCAGUCAUGUAACGUUACCUUCAGUUGUCAUAAAAAUAUUACACAUAUAACUUAAAAGAAAUCUUAUUUCAUAAUGUAACGCCUUAAAAUUGGGCCUGUCUCUUUAAGAAGCUCCUGCUCUUUGAGCUGUGCCUCAGAGGCGGGGCUUUGUCCACCCAGGCGUUUUGCACAGUUGAAUGGUUGCCAUGGAGAUUAAAGGGUUUCUCAAAGGUGAAUGAAGGACUCAAAGCAAAACUCCAGGUGUGUUUUUGAUGAUGCAAAGUUUAAAACUGUCAAUUUUACGUCAUUCUCCCCCUUAAUAAAAUGGUCCAUUACAAGA